AUGAAGUUCGCUCUCCUCUCUGUCCUCGCCAUGCUCGGCUCCGCCGUUGCUGCCCCUAUCUCUCUCAACAAGCGCUCCCUGCCCCGUCUCGGAGGUGUCAACAUCGCUGGAUGCGAGUUUGGCGUCAACGUCUGGGGUUGGUCAGGCACCAGUAUCCGUCUUCCUGUCGGCUGGCAGUACCUCGUCAACCACGACAGCUCCUCCAAGUCGCUUGACGCGUCCUUCUUCGCCCAGUACGACAAGCUCGUGCAGGCUGUCACCUCCAAGGGUGCCUACGCCAUCAUUGACAUCCACAACUACGGCCGCUGGAACUCGGGCGUCAUCGGUGUCGAUGGCCCCAGCAAUGCUGACUUUGCUCGCCUCUGGUCGCUCCUUGCGGCCAAGUACGCCAACAACGACAAGGUCAUGUUCGGUGAGCUGCUAUGA